CGUGUUCGGGUUUGUGGUGAGCCGGGUCCGAGAAGCGGCGGCGGCGGAGGAAGGACAGAGAGCUGGGCCAGCUGAGGGGCUGUGGGUCAGUAAGGGGCUGAGCGAAGGUACUGGAGUCGCGAAAGCCAUUGUCACGCGAUGGGGAAGAAGCAGAAGAAUAAGAAUGAGGACAGUGCCAAGGAUGAUAUUGAUCUUGAAGCCUUGGCUGCAGAAAUAGAGGGAGCUGGUGCUGCCAAGGAACAGGAACCUCAGAAGUCAAAGGGUAAAAAGAAAAAGGAUAAGAAGAAACAAGAUUUUGAUGAGGAUGAUAUCCUGAAAGAGCUUGAAGAGUUGUCUUUAGAAGCACAGGGAGUCAAGGUUGACCGUGAAACUACUGGAGUAAAGGCAGCAGAAAACAAUGAAGAAGAAUUCAGUACUUCUAAGCAAGAAAGAAAAAAGAAAGGACAGAAGGGUAAAAAACAGAGUUUGGAUGAUGAUAGUGAAGAAGCAGAGGAGAAAGAGUCAAAAUCAAAAAAGACCUCCAGAACAAGAAUAGAACCACUUUCUGGAAGUGAAGAUGAUAAUUUUGAUAAACUUUCUAAGAAGGGUAAAGGGAAAACUCAGAAAUCAAAUAAAAAAGCAGAUGGUUCAGAAGAGGAUGAAGAGAGCGUUAAAAAAGGUAAAGCCCGGACCAGAGCAGAUUCAUCAGGUGGGAGUGGUGAUGACUCUGAUGACUUCUCUCAGUCUAGAAAAGCACAGAAAAAGAAUCAGAAAAUCAAAUCAGCUCUUCAUGUUGAAAGUGGGAAUGAAGAUGAUGACUCUUCUUUCAAAAUAAAAACAGUGGCACAAAAGAAAGCAGAAAAAAAAGAACGAGAACGAAAAAAGAGAGAUGAAGAAAAGGCAAAAUUGAGAAAAUUGAAAGAAAAAGAAGAGUCUGAAAGUGGUAAAAAAGAACACACAAAGCAGAAAGAAACUCAGAAGAAACCAGAGGAAGAUGCUUUAAAAUCCAGAGUGGGUCUUGAUGCUGGAGCAGCUCCUACCUCAGAAGAAAAGGGAGAUACUCUCACAACUACAGAAGCUGAUGAUAAUGAAAGUGACAAAAAGAAGAAAGAUAAGAAAAAAAAGAAAGAAAAGGAGGAGAAAGAAAAGGAGAAAGAAAAGAAAAAAGGUCCUAGCAAAGCCACUGUUAAAGCUAUGCAGGAAGCCCUUGCUAAACUUAAAGAAGAAGAAGAAAGACAGAAGAGAGAAGAGGAGGAACGCAUCCGACGACUUGAAGAAUUAGAAGCCAAGCGUAAGGAAGAGGAACGAUUAGAGCAAGAAAAAAGAGAAAGAAGGAAGCAAAAAGAAAAAGAAAGAAAAGAACGCUUGAAAAAGGAAGGCAAACUUUUAACGAAAUCUCAGAGAGAAGCCAGAGCUAGAGCUGAGGCUACUCUUAAACUUCUCCAAGCUCAGGGUGUUGAAGUGCCAUCUAAAGAUUCUUUGCCAAAGAAGAGGCCAAUAUAUGAAGAUAAAAAGAGGAAAAAACCACAGCCACAACAAGAAAAUAAAGAAGAAACAAUAGAAGUGAGUCUUCCAGUAGAAGUUACAGAACAAGCUAUUCCAGAAAAAGAAGAGUCCCUGCCUCUUGUAGAACCAGAAGAGGAAGAAGAAAGUGAAGAUACUGGCUUGGAUGAUUGGGAAGCAAUGGCUAGUGAUGAAGAAAGAGAGAAAGAAAGAAACACUGUGCAUAUUGAAGUAAAAGAAAACCCUGGAGAAGAGGAGGAAGAGGAGGAAGAGGAAGAGGAGGAAGAGGAGGAGGAAGAAAGCGAGGAUGAGGAAGAUGAAGGAGAGAGUGAUGGAAGUGAUGGUGAUGAUGAAGAAGAGAAGGUUUCAGAUGAGAAAGACCCUGGGAAGCCAUCAAUAGACAAAAAGCAAAGUAAAGAGCUCAGCUCUGAGUCUGAAUGUGACUCCGACGAUGACCGAACUAAGGAAGAGCGGGCCUAUGACAAAGCAAAGAGGAGAAUUGAGAAACGGAGACUUGAAAAUAGCAAAAAUGUAAAUACAGAAAAACUAAGAGCCCCUGUUAUCUGUGUACUCGGACACGUAGAUACAGGAAAGACUAAAAUUUUAGAUAAGCUCCGUCAUACUCAUGUACAAGAUGGUGAAGCAGGUGGUAUUACUCAGCAAAUUGGGGCCACUAAUGUUCCCCUUGAAGCUAUUAAUGAACAGACAAAGAUGGUAAAGAACUUUGACAGAGAGAACAUAAAGAUUCCUGGGAUGCUUAUAAUUGAUACACCAGGCCACGAAUCUUUCAGUAAUCUUAGGAACAGAGGGAGCUCACUUUGUGAUAUUGCCAUUUUAGUUGUUGAUAUUAUGCAUGGUUUGGAGCCACAGACAAUUGAAUCUAUCAACCUACUGAAAUCUAAAAAGUGUCCCUUCAUUGUAGCACUCAAUAAGAUUGAUAGAUUGUAUGACUGGAAAAAGAGCCCAGAUUCGGAUGUGGCGGCAACUUUAAAGAAGCAGAAGAAGAACACCAAGGAUGAGUUUGAGGAGCGGGCAAAGGUCAUCAUUGUGGAGUUUGCACAGCAGGGCCUGAAUGCUGCUUUGUUCUAUGAGAAUAAGGAUCCUCGUACUUUUGUUUCCUUGGUACCUACCUCAGCUCAUACUGGAGACGGCAUGGGAAGUCUGAUUGCACUUCUUGUUGAAUUAACUCAGACUAUGCUGAGCAAGAGACUGGCACAGUGUGAGGAACUGAGGGCUCAGGUGAUGGAGGUUAAAGCACUUCCUGGCAUGGGAACCACAAUAGAUGUAAUAUUGAUAAAUGGGCGUCUAAAGGAAGGAGAUACAAUUAUUGUUCCUGGAGUGGAAGGUCCCAUUGUAACCCAGAUUAGAGGGCUUCUGUUACCUCCUCCCAUGAAGGAACUGCGAGUGAAGAACCAAUAUGAAAAGCAUAAAGAAGUAGAAGCUGCUCAGGGUGUAAAGAUUCUUGGAAAAGACCUGGAGAAAACAUUAGCUGGUUUGCCCCUGCUAGUGGCUCAUAAAGAGGAUGAAGUCCCAGUUCUCAAAGAUGAGUUGAUUCACGAAUUAAAACAGACACUAAAUGCCAUCAAAUUAGAAGAGAAAGGUGUCUAUGUUCAGGCUUCCACGUUGGGCUCUUUAGAGGCAUUACUUGAAUUUUUAAAAACUUCAGAAGUACCAUAUGCUGGAAUUAACAUAGGCCCUGUUCAUAAAAAAGAUGUUAUGAAGGCUUCAGUGAUGUUGGAACAUGAUCCUCAAUAUGCAGUAAUUUUGGCCUUUGAUGUGAGGAUUGAACGUGAUGCUCAGGAAAUGGCUGAUAGUUUAGGAGUCCGGAUUUUUAGUGCAGAAAUUAUUUACCAUUUGUUUGAUGCUUUUACGAAAUAUAGGCAAGACUAUAAGAAACAGAAACAAGAAGAAUUCAAACAUAUUGCAGUAUUUCCCUGUAAAAUGAAAAUACUCCCCCAAUUUAUUUUCAAUUCACGAGAUCCAAUAGUGAUGGGUGUAAUUGUUGAAGCAGGUCAAGUGAAACAAGGCACACCCAUGUGUGUACCUAGUAAAAAUUUUGUUGAGAUUGGAAUAGUUACAAGUAUUGAAGUAAACCAUAAGCAAGUGGAUAUUGCGAAAAAGGGCCAAGAAGUCUGUGUCAAAAUAGAACCUAUUCCUGGAGAAUCUCCCAAAAUGUAUGGAAGACAUUUUGAAGCUACAGACAUUCUUGUUAGCAAGAUCAGUCGACAGUCCAUUGAUGCAUUGAAAGAUUGGUUCAGAGAUGAAAUGCAGAAGAGUGACUGGCAACUUAUUGUGGAGCUGAAGAAAGUAUUUGAAAUCAUCUAAUUUUUCCACAGUGGGCAGGAAAAAUAGUAAACUUACUAUUCUGUUGUAUUGUCACCAAGAAAACCAAGCAAAAAAAAAAAACAAUUGAGAAACAAUGUGUUGGACUUCGAU